AUGAACAUGAGCUUGCGUCGACCUUUUUUCCGCCUUCGAAGAAACAUCUGCUCUUCAUCAAUUCUCAAAGCGAGAAGGUCCACGAAACCCACUCCUUUGCCCUUCCCUCAUGAAACAUUCAGAGGAAAGGAUACAGAUUUGGAGACAGGCACAUUCCACUUCAAUGUGGAGCGGUCUUCUUUCAUGGAUAACGAUCUUCCUCGGCGCCUGCGUCUGACCUCCAAUGUUAACGUUAAAUCCUUGAUAUUGGGUUCCAAUCUGUUCAAUUUCACUACUGCAGAUUGGGAUGAACUGCCAACAGAGUUGCAGGCCGCCUUACAGCAUGUCAUCCGCCUCCCUACCUUGGAGCGUCUCGAGGUUGUCAAUCUCAAGAACUUACCAGUCUCUUUACUAAGUGCCGCUAGCUUCUCAAGGCUAACCAUACACCACGCCAAAUUCCGUAGAAGCAAGUUCCGCAAGCACAAAAAUACUCCCUCUAAUAUCGUAACCCGCUUGAAGUCCUUCACCUUUCACCUCAUCCCACUUUCCAGCAUUCGGGCCCUCGUACGCGACAAAAUAUCAACGGAUUCUCUCGCCAUAGACUUUUCAAGUCUACAUUCACUCACUGGCAUCAGCCUGUGCCAUGCGGAUGAGGUUGCCGCAUUCAAGGAGGUGAUGAAGGUUUCACCAAACUUAAAAACUCUUCAUUGCGAAAUUGGAGGAGAGGUCCCUUCGCCUCUGGCGGCGUGUCGGUCAUUGAAAACCUUAGUACUUCUCCUCGACAUUGGGGACAAAUUACAGGAUCCACUGCUUGGUCUUCCAGAUGCGCUAUCCGAGAUGUCGGGAGACAACGUACUUGAAGAACUGUUAAUCAACACCUAUGUCCGGUGCCACAACUCUUGCCGAACCGAUGCGAUGUGGGGGAGACUUGAUGAUGUCCUAUCGCGGUCCGCCUUUCAUUCCCUUCGCCGUGUAUCCCUCAAAAUUAUUGUUUGGGUUGACGAUUUAUAUUCUUCCGCCGAGGAACUUGAGGAACGUCAAUUAGGGGAACGGCAUCGGAACGCAUUGAAGGAGGAGCUAGAGAAAAUGGGAGCUUCACAAUUCACCUGGCUUUUAAGUAAUAUGAAGUUUGAAUUCUCUGUGAGAACAAUUACGUAUCUUCAGAGUGAGACCGACCCAGAAAUCCUCAGAUACUUGCAGUCGGCUGUUUUGUGA